AGACCUUCGGAACGAAGGCCCGAGGCGGGGCUUCUAGGAGAGGAAAAUGGCAGCACGCCGGCUGUGGUUUGACGUGGGCUGGCUGUUUGCGAUGGGGGCAGAGCUGGGGAGCGGAAGACGAGCUUACUGCACGUCCCAGGCCUUCACGGAGGUUCUACGGCUGCCAAGCAAGCAGCUGACGAAGCUCGUGUUCCCACUGCAAGAACUCGAGCGGCAUUUCGUCCCGGGCUCGAGGCCCGACCUUCACCUGAAGAUCUUCAACCCAAGCCUGGAUGACAUCGCGAGGGCGGAGAGCGUCUUCACGGCUUCUUCGCGGAACCGCAUCGAGUACCUCAGCUCCGCCGUGCGUCUCGACCACGCCCCGGACCUCCGCCGCCCGGAGGUGUGUUUUAUAGGCAGAAGCAAUGUUGGAAAAUCGUCUCUAAUAAAGGCUUUAUUUUCACUUGCCCCAGAGGUUGAAGUUAGAGUCUCCAAAAAACCGGGCCACACAAAGAAAAUGAAUUUUUUCAAAGUUGGAAAAUAUUUUACAUUGGUGGACAUGCCAGGUUAUGGCUAUAGAGCACCUGAAGAUUUUGUUGACAUGGUAGAAACCUAUCUAAAAGAACGAAAGAAUUUGAUGAGAACAUUUUUGUUAGUGGAUAGUGUUGUUGGAAUUCAAAAAACAGACAACAUUGCCAUAGAAAUGUGUGAAGAAUUUGCAUUACCUUAUGUGAUGGUAUUGACAAAAAUUGACAAAUCUUCCAAGGGACAUCUUUUAAAACAAGUCCUUCAGAUCCAGAAAUUUGUUGACACUAAAACACAAGGAUGUUUUCCUCAGUUGUUUCCUGUAAGUGCUGUGACCUAUUCUGGAAUCCAUCUCUUGAGAUGCUUUAUAGCAAAUAUAACAGGAAAUCUGGAGACUAAUGGCUUCCAGUUUAGCUGAAGAUUCAAAAUUGUCUAUGCCAACUGAAGUUAAAGACUUAGAAUUUCAACAUUGUUUUAAAUGUUGUGUAUCUGUAACUUGCAGGAUCACUUCAGCUUUAAAACCUGCAUAUUCCCAAAGCAAGAAUGAAUUUGUGCCUGCAGCGGGGGAAAGGUUUAUACAUGAUUGAAUUAUGCUGUUCAUUAGAAGAGAUACCAGCCAUUUUUCCUGUUUUAACAAACUGACAAACAAGAGCAUAUAGAGGUCCAUAAAAUGCAAGUCUAUUGCCUACUGUGUAGACAAGGUUUGCCAUAUUAUGUAUUGGGUUUUUGUCUUUUAAAGGAAUGUCUAUUAUGUAUAUUUUAUUAAAAUAUUACAAUGGACUAGGUAAAAAAGGGGCUACUUUUCUGCUAAGCACUAAUAGAUAGGUUGAAGAUAAAUUCUUAUAUGUAUGGCUAUAACUUAUCUUUUUUUAGAGACCUUAUUUGAAUAUAAAAAAAAUCAUUCUUCAUAAAAUUUGAGUCAGUCCAUACUGGAAGUACCAGUUAUUUCAGGCUGGGGUCAGUCACCUUCACAGGGUUCAGAAUCAGAAGACCAGAAUUCAAGUUCCAGUUCUAAUAUUUAUUACAUGUUGGACGUUGGGCAAAUUACUUGAGUUCUCUGAACUUCUUUUGUAACUCUUACCUCAAAAGCUAUGAAGAUUAAAAUGUGAAAAGGA